CCUGUGCGAGGUAGGGCCCACCUCAUCGCCUUCCUACCACAGCUCAUCCCAUGUACGAGCACCUCAAUCUCCGGCUCCCUGCCUCCACAACCUCAAAUAAUACUCCCCGCCGCAGACUCUGACACGCACAUUCCCCCAUGGCAGCAUCCACGGCCUCACGCCCCUUGACGCCUUUCCUUUACCGGACCCGGCGGCGCGCGAACGCCGUGGUCAUUGUUGCCGCCGCGAGCACGCCGGACGCCGAGCCAGCGGCGGCAGCCGGGGCGGCGCAGGGGAAGAAGAAGACGGUGGACACGAGGAUACACUGGUCGGACCCGGACGAAGGCUGGGUUGGCGGCAAGGCCAAGAAGGAAGGCGACGGUGACGGCCGCCGCGGCAAGAACGAGCCGCUGGGAGGGAGGUUCGCCGACCUCAUCAACGCCGCCUCCGAGUCUCACUACCAGUUCCUGGGGAUAGCGCCGGAGGCGGACCUUGAGGAGAUCAAGGCGGCGUACCGGCGGCUGUCCAAGGAGUACCACCCAGACACGACGACGCUGCCGCUCAAGACAGCGUCGGAGAAGUUCAUCCGCCUGCGGGAGGUGUACAACGUGCUGAGCAAGGAGGAGACCCGGCGGUUCUACGACUGGACGCUGGCGCAGGAGGCCGAGAGCCGGCGGCUGCAGCAGCUCAGGUCCAGGCUCGAGGACCCUUACGAGCAGGACAUCGAGAACUACGAGUCCGUGCCGGACAUGGUCGACCGCCUCGGCGGGAGGAACAUGAAGCUCAGCGACCAGGCCAUGACCGCGCUCACCGUCGACAUCGUCAUCAUCAUCUUCUCCGUCUGCUGCAUCAUCUACGCCGUGUUCUUCAAGGAGCAGUACUGACGGUGGCGUAUCAACAGCAGCAGCAAGGUUGCGCGAGUCCACCACAUACAAAACAGUAUAGGUAAAUUAACAUACUGAUAAUACCACAAGACUGUCUUUAAGGAUGUUAUAUACAGUGUCACGAUGUAAUGUCAAAUACAAAAUGGUAGCAACAAAUAACUCAUGGUAUUGUGCCAACAAUCCUAUAUUUGUUUCCUCAUCAAACCAUAGUUCCAGUAUAGGUCUCUGAGAAAA